CCCAAUGGAGCGACUGAAGUCACAAGCUUCACCAGGCUCAGAACACAAGCGACAGUAUUCAUGAGGCAAUGGCGGAUUGCGUAAGGAGAAGUUCACAACACUACCUUUUCCCGGUUCGGAAAUAUGUGAUGCGAGGGCUGCAGACCACAGCACUAAAGGUUUACCCGCUCUUGCCUAUUAAGCUCUGCCAUUAGGGUUUUAUAGUUUGUACUUUCUAGGGCGAGGGGAGUGCAUUCGUGCGGAACUGCGCAAGAAAGUCCCAAGCCUACUGUGCAAAUCACGCCAUGCCUGCGCCGCGUGUGGCCCAUAAGGCUCCUCAACAACGAGCAGGGCGAGCCGGCGGGCGAGGUUCGGAGGAACACCAAAGCGAAGUGAGCCCAUCAGGGUCGGGGUUUAAGAAGAAAGGCGGCGGUUUGGAGCAACCGCAUUUGGCCAAGCAUGUUUCAGCCAAUGGACGGAAGCCACCUGGACACGAGGCUAAGGCGGGAAGCUCAUCAGCACCAGCAAACGGUCAUAUCCGAGGCAACAACGUGCUUAGUAACGCGGUUUUCAGGCACAGCCACCAUUACACUUACGACGGCGUGGGGGAUGCCGCGCAGACUCGCGUGGGGGGCUCGGCAAGCAGCGUGAAGCCCGGCAGCUUGAAAUCCGCCAGCGUGAGAUCCGGCAUGGACGCGCUGUACGCGGGAGGCGAAGGCCUUCCCCGGCGGAUCAACUUCCUCCCCGCGCGCCACGCCGACGCGCACUCCGCGCUCCCCGUGGAUCUCAAGCCGCUGAAUGCGGCGGAUCCGAGCCGCGAGCCACGUGGCAGCCAGCCAGUGGGUGGAGCGGAGGGCGUGGGCCCGGGGGAGGGGAAGCAGGGGAGGCGGAGGGGAGAGAAGGAGCGGCGGGAGUCGAGUGAGAGGGAGUGGGACGGGCUGGAUGGGAGGCUGGAUCGAUCGGAUGUGGCGGUGGAGUGGCGGGAAAUACGGCCCAUUGGAGCGGGCCUGAGCAACCUAGGCAACACGUGUUUUAUGAACUCCGUGCUACAGUGCCUCACAUACACCCCACCACUCGCUAACUACCUCUCGCAGUCUCCGCACUCCGCUAAGUGUUCGGUGCCGGGGUGGUGUGCGCUGUGUGAGAUGGAGAAGCACGUGCCAAGGGCAGUGGGGUCCACGGGCAAGGUCGUCUCGCCCACAGGCUUCGUGCGAAACGUCAGAAGCAUAGCUCGGUCCUUUAAAGCCGGUCGGCAAGAAGACGCACACGAGUACAUGCGUUGCCUGCUAGACGCUCUCCACCGAUGCUGCCUGCCCCCCAAACGAGCCUCCGCCUCAGGCUCGGGCGCCGCACCUCCUCUGGACCCUGCGUUCGCCUCCAGGCUGAUGAACACGUUUGUGCACCGGACCUUUGGAGGGUACCUGUGCAGCCAGGUGCAGUGCACAGUGUGUGGGUACUGCUCCCGAACCUACGACCCGUUCCUGGACCUCAGCCUCGAGAUUGUCCGAGCCGACUCAGUGACCAAGGCUCUGCAUCGGUUUACAUCUGAAGAGGCUCUGGAUGGGGCGAACAAGUAUAAGUGCAGCAAGUGCAGGAAGAAGGUGCGGGCGCUCAAGAGCUUUGCAGUGGAAGAAGCACCGCCCAUCCUGACAGUGCACCUGAAGCGCUUCGCUGCCUUCACGGGGCGCAAGCUCGACAAGCACGUGGCGUUCGACCCCUCGCUGGACCUCUCGCCCUUCAUGACCGCGCCCUCCCCCUCCCCCUCCUCCCCCCACUCCACUGCUGGCUGUAGCAGCAGCAGCAUUACCAAUACCAGUGCCAGUGCUAGUGGUGGCGGCAGUAAGAGCAGCAGAGGCAGCAGCAGCAGCGGUAGGGGUGGGAAGUACAGUCUGUACGGCGUGUUGGUGCACGCGGGGUGGUCAACGAACUCGGGGCACUACUACUGCUACGUGCGGGGGCCGUCAGGCACAUGGAGCUCCAUGGACGACUCACGGGUGCAGCAGGUGAGCGAGAAAACCGUGCUCCAGCAACGGGCGUAUCUCCUCUUCUACGUCCGAGAACCCACGGCCCAUGCUGCUGCUAAUGCUAAUGCUGCUGCUGCUGCUGCUGCUAAUGCUGCUAAUGCUGUUAGUGCGAAUACUGCUGCUGUUGCUGCUCGUCCCCCUCCUACUGCGCCUUUUCCUGCUGCUGCUGCUCCUGCUUCCACUGCUGCUGGUGCUGCUGCUGCUGCUGAGGUGAAGGUGGGAAAGAAGGGCAAGGCGGCAGCGCCACAUGUAGAGGCGCUCAUGCACAUGCAGGCGCAUGCACAGGCGCAGUCACAGGCACAGCCACAGGCACAGGCACAGGCACAGGUAGAGGGGAUGGCUGUUGACGAGAGAAAGGGGAGCGCAGCUGAGAGGGCGGAAGGGGGAGAGGGCGCGAGGGAGGGGAGGGGUGAAGGGGAGGGGGUGGUGGAGGGGGCGAAGGAGAAGUGGGAUGAAGGGGAGGGGCGAGCAAGGCUGGCAGAAGUGUCGAGUGGGGAGGAGAGCAGCGAGGAGGAGAGGAAGGCUGAUGGGGAGGCAGCAGCUGGUGACGGUGGUGAUAGCGAUGGGGAUGGUGAUGAUGACAGCGAUGAUCCUGAUUGGACGUUGGGCGAUGAGGGGGAAGAGGAUGCAGGCAACGAGGAGGGGGGGGAGAAUAGGGGGGAGGGUUCAGGGCGGCAGCGGGAGGGACGGCGCACCUCGGGGUCAUGGGUGGCAGCAGUUGGACAGAUGCUACGGUUGUUACCUGGCUCCAGGGAAUCUAGAGCGGCCCUCAGGAGCAGGAGCAGCCCCGGCAGCAGCACCAGCUUGGGAAACAGCUUCGGCAGCAGGGGAUGGGGGGCAACGAGCAGCAGUCUGGGCAGCAGCGGUGGCAGCAGCAGCAGGGAGAGGAUGCUGCGGCUCAUGUCCCCCCUCGUGCCGCUGCCUUUUUCUGGCGUGAGGGGCGGGCGAGAGGAGCUGGUUUUUCCCCUGGGAGGGCACAGGGGGCGGAAGAGGAGGAGGGAGGCUAUGGAGGGGUGGGGCCGUGGUGUGGGCUGGCAGGCGAGCGGAGAGAUGGAGAUGCGGGAGAAAUGGGAGGGAGGAAGAAGAUUGGGGAGGAGAGAGGAGGGGGAGGUGGGGGAGGAGGAGGAGGAGGAAGGGGAGGCGGUGAUGAUGGCAGGGCCAGGGAUCGUGGCUCGGGGGGUGGGGUCGUCAGAGGAUGACUCGGAGGGGUGGAGCAGUGGGAGCGAGAGCGAGGGCGAUGGGGAUAAAGGAGGGGAGGACGGGCGACAACAAGAUGAAGAGGAGGAGGACGAGGACGGAGUAGAAGGAAAGGGCAAUGGGCAGCGAGUGCAGACGGGCCAGGGGAAUGGCAGCGGGAGCAAGAGCUUGGAUGGCAACAGCAGAAGCAGGGUGGUGACGUUUGGGGGGUCGGAUGCGGUGUGGAUGAUGAGGGAGGGCGGGCAGGAGGCGCCCGUGGGGGCCGGCGGACUGGCAGGCAGCCAGUGGGGCGAUGACGGCAUGGCAAUGAACGGCGCCCACAUGCAUUUGCCUGAGAGAAGAGCCGCCACCAAGUACCGAUACGACGACUGGGACGAGGAGCUGGACCGCGGCCGGGUGAAGAAGAUGAAGCGCAAGGCGCACCCCACAGACGAGGCUGCAGAUCACAGGAACCCCUUCCAGGAAGCUGCUCUCAGACCUGCUGGUGCUGGUGGGGAAGUUGGUGGGGAUGAGGGUGGUGUAAGGGAGGCGCAUGGGAAGAGGCCUGGGAGGUGGAUGGGGCGGGACAAGGGCAGGCAUGACAGCAACAGGCACGUGGCUAAGCUGAGGGGAAAGAGUGCCAGGCCCAGAUGGUAGCUGGCUGGUAGUCUGUGAUGGUAACUGCUGGGCCUGGAUUGUAGCUGGUAGUCUGGCAUGGUGGCCGAUUGAGGAUGAUGCCUUCUUCCUGCCGGUUCUGAUAUAGGUGUGCAGGGGGCUGGUGUGCAAGAGCGUAGUGAUGAUGCUCGCACAAGAGAUGGGUCCUCCAUCAUGCGCGAUUCAGGUUCACUGUUGUGGCAUCCCGCCAUUAUGCGAAAUUUGUUACAGAUUGAUUCCUUCUAUUCCGCCUAUUUCCUUGCGGUGCC